AUUUUGUUCUUGAGUAACUUUUAAUACAAAAAUGAAGAUCGCCACUUUAGCUUUAGCUUUAACCGCAGCUGUUUCCAUUAACGCUGCUGCCAUUGUCGAAGGUAACAAGAUUGCCCAAGGUUUAGUUGUCAGAGCCGACGAUACCACUACUGAUGCCGCUGCCGCUGCUGACGAAACUGAUGAUACUGAUGAUUCAGAUGACACCGACGACGCCGACGAUGCUGACGAAACCGAUGACACUGAUGAUUCAGAUGACACCGACGACGCCGACGAUGCUGACGAAACCGAUGACACUGAUGAUUCUGAUGACACCGAUGAUGCUGACGAAACCGACGACGCCGAUGAUUCUGAUGAUACUGAUGACUCGGAUGAAACUGACGAUUCCGAUGACUCCGAUGAAACCGACGACUCUGACGAUUCUGAUGAAACCGACGACUCCGAUGAUUCUACUGAAACUGAUGAUUCCGAUGAUUCCACUGAAACUGGUGCUCAAGACACCGCAACUGUUGGCCAUGCCAAUGCUUCUGGUAAUGCUACUACCUCUGGUAAUGCUACCACCACUGGAAAAGGUAUUGCUGCUGGUAUGUACCCAAGUUUCGGUAUGGCUAUUGCUGCAGCUGCUGUCGGUGCUGUUUUGAUCUAAGCGAUCUAAUUAGUUAACUUAAAGUAGAGAUCUAGAUUUAUGUUCAAACUUUGAUAGUUUAAUGUUAUGUUUUCUCGU